AUGAAUGGCUGUGAUGUACUAGGUCAAGAGGGAAGAAAAGCACUGGAUGCUUGUGUAAAGGUCAAGAUCUAUGGAAGACCACAAACGCAGCGCUAUGAUUAUAACUCAACAAUUAAGCGUUUGGAGGAAUGCUUCGCAGGAAAGUACCCUGAUGGGCUCCACGCAGUGGAUAGAAGUAAACGGCAGCCAUCUAACAAAGAGCAAGCAUUGAUGGACGAGAGCAUAAUCGAGAAAAUAUUUCUUCCUUCUUUAAGAGAUAACUAUGGAAUAAUUGACAUCUAUGAAUCCCUUGUUCGUCUUGAUAAUACUCCUUACGUUGAAAAGUAUCCUGCAGUCAAAGGGACUGAUUCUGAUAAACGGAAGAAUUCGAUUGACAAACGGCGCGAAGAUGUAGAAAGAGAAGUCAGGGAGGCAACUGCGAACCCGGAUGAACGGCACAGAUACUCGUGGCUUGUUGCACAGCGUCGGGUAAGGGAUUGCUUUGCUGGAAGUUUUGCGGGGGAUGCAUCAUUACUUGAGAGAAAGACGACGGCUGCCUUCGGGAACCCAAUUCCCAACCUUCUCGACCCAUAUGAGAGAAGAAAGAAAGAGAUGUCAACUCCUGACACUUAUAGUAUUAGUGACUUAUAUAAGGCUUUUAAAAAACAUGAUAGCGUAAGUGUUUCGAAAAAUAUUGAGAAAUUAAGUUGUCAAAGAUGUCAAGUGUCUGAAGAAGUGAAGAAACAAAGGGAUGAUGUUGACACUGAGUAUCAACAAGCUGUGACAGUGUCUUCUACAAGUACCUCUAUCCAAAUGCACCGUAAAUAUUCACGAGAAGAAGCAUUUCACCGAGUAGAAAGUUGUUAUUGCAGUUCUUGUGCUAAGCAUGUGGAUGCAUUUAGGAGGGUUUUUAACAAAACAAUAUCCAUGUGUCAUCAGAAGGCUUUUGACAUUUUUUUCAUUAAUUUUGCCGCUCACUUUGUUGCAUUGAUGCCAACCAUAUACUGUAUCAAAACUACGGAUACGAGCUAA